AAGCCCGUUUCAGCCCAGUUAUACUGUGCACUUUAGUCAUUUUGAAACACCACCUGAAGAUAGUGUACAACCCGAGAAAAUGAAGUUCGUGGCCUUGCUAUCCUUGAUGACCAUUGCAAUUGGCCUCGCCCAAGGACAAAGGGAUGUCAAGUGCUUCAUGGAGCCACUGCCACAGGGAUUUUGCAGUAGGCAGAUUGUAGGGUACACCUAUUCGAGAGUGCGAACCAGUUGCGUAAACUAUGAAGCCCUAGGCUGCGCGGUUGCGGGCAAUUUUUUCACCGACAAAAAAGUGUGUGAGGCCAGAUGCAAGCCUGUGCUCACUUUUAGAAACAAUCCAUUCAGUUAUUACGUCGAAGGAGCUUUCGACCAGGCCACCAAAAUGUUAAGAAGAUUAUUGGGUUGAGCUCUGUAAAAUAAUUGAUGUGUAGUAUGGAACAAAUAAAAUGUAAUUGAGCUCA